GGCCAGCUUGCCUCAAAUCCUCUCCACCACGUCGAUGGAUGCUCCAGUUCAUCCCUCCUCUCCCUCCCCUGCCCCUUUCUCCGCUUCUUCCUCCCUCCAUGUCCCUGCGGAUCCCUACGCUUCCCACGAUCAUCGUCCGUCCGCAGCGGAUCGUCCUCAGGAGGUGGAACUCCAGUCCUUAGCAUGCACCGACACGUCUGAACGCGACCGUUUCCUUCAUUACACAGACCACUCCGAUCGUCCCGGAGACUCCGCCUUUCUUUCGCCUUCUGAACUCGACUCCGACUCGGCUUCCAUUCCCUCCCUACACACGCGACUGCCUCGUGGCCAAUCCCCCAUGAAGCGCAAAGGCCGUACGGUCUCGAAACGCCAUUCGAAGCCAUCCCUGACCAUCGCCACGGGCCAGAACGGCUACGGCAGUGACAGUAUGGAUUCUUCCAUUGAAAUGCGCAAGAGGGACACCUCGGUUGAGUCGACCGCCACGCGGGCCAAUCGCCUCAUGUCGCGUUCCAGCUUCACCCUCGACCAUGAUCCCCCGAUUACCCCACAGACCCCGGCGAUGACCACUACCUCGUUUACAAACCUGCCCGCCAGCGAUCGCCGGAACUUUCUCCUGCUGUGCGUGCUCUACUUCCUCCAGGGCAUUCCCAUGGGGCUGGCCACCGGGUCGGUUCCGUUUCUCCUGAAGCCGUACCUCUCCUACGGACAAAUUGGCGUGUUCUCUCUCGCAUCCUAUCCAUACUCGUUGAAGCUGCUGUGGAGUCCGAUUGUCGACGCGAUCUGGAGCCGCCGGUUCGGCCGACGCAAGAGCUGGAUCACUCCGGUGCAGGUGAUUGCGGGCAUCGCCAUGAUCUAUAUGGGCGGACGCAUCGAAGAGAUGAUGAAGGAGGCUGGCGCCAAUGGCGGCGCGGGCGUGUGGAAUUUUACCUACUGGUGGUUCUUGCUGGUCUUUUUCUGCGCCACGCAGGAUAUUGCCGUGGACGGGUGGGCGAUUACGUUGAUGUCGCCACCGAACAUUUCCUACGCAUCGACCGCGCAGACGGUGGGAUUGACUGCCGGCCACUUUCUGUCUUACACGGUGUUUUUGGCCUUCAACUCGGCCGACUUUGCCAACCGCUGGUUCCGGGCGGUCCCGGCGGAGGGAGGCCUGCUGUCGCUGGGUACGUACCUGAAGUUCUGGGGCUGGGGGUAUCUGGUGGUGACCACCUGCCUGGCCGUCAUGAAGAAGGAAGACCGGACCCAUGAGCGUGACAGCAUUAUGGAUGUCUACCGGAGCAUGUGGAGUGUGCUGAAACUCCGGCACGUCCACACCAUUAUCCUCGUGCACCUGAUUGCCAAGAUUGGGUUCCAGGCCAAUGACGGCGUCACCAGCCUCAAGCUGUUGGACAAGGGAUUUGGCCAGGACAACAUGGCGCUGGUGGUGCUGAUCGACUUUCCGUUUGAAAUCGGACUGGGCUACUACGCCGGCAAGUGGUCGACGGAGUACACCGCGAUGCGGCUGUGGUGCUGGGCGUUUAUCGGACGACUGGUGGCGGCCGUGUUUGCGCAGGCGACGGUGAUGAUUUUUCCGUCGGGCGAUCAGAUUCCGACCUGGUACCUGCUGAUGGUGAUUGGCGAGCAUGUGUUCUCAACAUUCAUGAACACAGUGAUGUUUGUGGCGGUGUCGGCGUUCCAUGCGCGCAUUGCCGACCCGAGUAUUGGGGGUACCUACAUGACGAUGCUCGCGACGGUUUCGAAUUUGGGUGGUACAUUCCCUCGAUACUUUAUUCUCAAGCUGGUGGACAUGUUCACGGAAGCGACCUGUGUCCCUCCGACGGUGCCACCCACCAACCUAAAGGGUGACCUGGUCACGGAGGCCUUCUCCUGCGCACUGGAGCCAGAUCGGACGCGCUGCGUCAACGGAGGGGGCAGCUGCGAUAUCCAACAUGAUGGGUACUACACGACGAACAUUUUGUGUGUGGUGAUUGGGGUGGUGACUUUUGUCCUGUUCAUCCGACCGGCCGUCCUCAAGCUGCAGGGACUCCCAUUGCGGGCGUGGAGAUUAGCUCCGGGCAGACACUAGUUUAUUUAUAGAUGCAUGCAAGAUGAUUGUGUGACAUGAGUACCAC